AUGUCUUUAACGGGGGCUGAGAGCCAUGAAAUGACCGGGCGGAGCGGGGCGGUGGACGGAAUGCGGCGGGAGUGGAACUUCUCUUUGACCUUCGCCCACCAGGCCGCGCGGGUCGUGAUGCAACUCUCACCGCAGUGGGAAAGUACAUUCAUCGACCCACGCGAGAUUGAACAGUUAAACCGUCUAGAUCGUGAUGUCAAGCACUGUCCAAUGAUGCCAGCCCUGCGGUACACAGACCUCGCAGCCGUGAUGAAGCCAGAUAACGAACUAUGGACAGAGAUUCCAAAGCGGGUAUCCGUGUUGUACUCACAUAUCCCACCUGAUAUGACGCUCGCCGCAUACUGUAUAAGGAGUGUACAGCAUGUACUCUCUGAUUCACACGUGGUCUCUGUUGACGGAUCGAAUGAUCUCACGCAUCUCUGUGUUGGCGAUAAAUUACGAUGUCCACACAGGCUUGGUGGUCAUCGCAGUUUUCAUUUCCGAUACCAUGUUUCUGUAAAGUCAAAACUUAUUAAAGAUGUAGUGUAUGCAAUUGGCACAAUUAUUCAUCAACGGGGAUACCUAUGUACGGUGCAAUGUUCAGAGGAAGAGGAACUUGAAGGGUACAUAGUAAAUAAUUUUUUGCCUCAAUACACCAAUCCAGACAAGUUUGCUGUUGAUCAGGAUGUUGCGUAUGAAGAGAUGACUUCAGCUAUCUUAAGGGAACAGCAAGAACUCUUUGGUGAAUUGCGAUAUUUCGAUGCAGAUGCUGCCGUUGCCUUUUCAAUACCAAUGCACCCCAUGCGUAUAAGACCUGAUUUUUCACCAACGCAAACGGUUGGAGUAGGCUCUAUUGCGUGUAUGACAUUAGAGCUUGAUGUACAUCAAAAACUCAUUGACGAUUUCGCAGAGGCGGAUAUUACAGGUAUGCCAAAGUACAAAAUUAAUCCGGUAAUUCUUUUUCUUGAUGUUGAAGAUGUAGCCCGUAUGGGGUACCCUCGUAUUAUGUCAAUGGAACAAUAUAGUCAACUCAAGACAAAUCGCCUUCUUGAUAUCUUUGAAGAUGCUAAAAUUGUUGGAACACCUGUAACAAAUUACAUGGGUAUUCGCACUGGUCGUAGUCGAACUGUAAUGUUUACCUAUGAGCCAUUCAACGCCGUGGUGAAGGCCAUGACAGUUUCUUCUAUUGUUGGAAGUUUUGGGGUUUCUGCAGUGUUUCUUACAAAACUUGGUGGUGGACUCUUUGAUGCUCACUUAUACCUUUACCAACAGCUUCUUAAGGGUAUCACAUUCUCUGAAAAAACCGCUGCGAAAAUGUUGUUCAGUCGCUUUAACACUGUAAACGUUCGUCUUGUUGAGCAGAACAUACCACGUGUGUAUAGUAAUGCUCCAGUGGAUGAAAGACAGACGAUGGAGCAACACUUAAAGUUCUUGCGAGAUUCAAGUGAUGGUCGUGUGGAGGGGGCAGUCGCAAUCCCUGUAUUACCUGAAGAAGGAGGGCUUGAGAAGCGACAUCAUCAUCCUCAUCAUCCUCAUCAUCGCUCUCAUGAUCAUCAGCACUCACAACGGGAACAAGCAGAGACAUCAGGUGAAAAUGCUGCACCUCAUAUUUCACUUGAAUCCAGUGGUAGUCAAGCGGGACUUUUACGAAGCAGCGAUAGUAUACCUGAGAGGAGAUUCAGUGAUGGACAAGAUGAUGAUUAUGAGGAGCUUUCUGUGGAGAGUGAUGGCCCAUCAAGUUCAUGCCUUGAUGGAUCUUUCCAUAGUAAUUCAGUUAUCAGCGUCACAAGUAUUCCCCAUUUACAAGAUGCGGCACCAUACUAUUCUGUUGCUGACGAUGUCGCUAAUGAGACCAGUAAUACUAAUAAUACUAAUAAUAAUAACAAUAACAACAAUAAUGAGGAUGAGGCGGAGGAGGAUAAUGGUUCCCCAUUACCACACAACAGCAGCAGUGCCGUCCUAACACCCACCAGUGGCGCUGAAACGACGGCGGAUUGGCCCUCCACACCGCCCGUUAACCGCAAUAUGCCGGAUACAUCUGCCCCAUCUCUCUCUGAAACGGGAGAGACGAUGGCGGUGCCCCCAAUGGAUCGACACUUGGGACCGCGCUGCAGUGUUGUCUCUAUCAUCACAGGCCGUGCAGAGAGUCUCGCCGCAGAUGCUUCUGCCGUCACAAUAUCUGAACAACAACAGGUGGAGCGGGAGGAGGAGCAGCAGCGACUGUUGCGUGAGGCAUUAAAGGAGGAGGAACCGGAUGUAUACUUUGGUCCAUCUCUCUAUGAUGUGUAUGUACGUUCCUGCGACUUGCAGCAUUGUCGACCAAAUAGUUAUUUACUGAAAAAAUUACCAACAAAUCCACGUUUUACAAAUAGUGUACGAGAAUUGGACCUUAGCUGCAAUUAUCUCGGUCGUAGUGGGUUUGUUGCUGUGUUAAACCUUAUUGAACAUCUCCCGCGUCUUGAGACCCUUUACUUCAAUGAUAUGUCUUUGGAUAAUGUAGAUGCGGAAAAUCUAUGUGAAGUGCUCGAACGGAAUACUACUGUUCGCGCUAUUUAUUUACGAAACAAUAGCAAGAUUACACUCCCCUCUACACGAUUUUUCACAAGACUAUUGCGUGUAAAUAAAAGGAUUCAUAUACUGGCACUUGAGGGGACGCGUUUGGGUGAUACAGUCAUAAAGAAGUUACAAGAUGAUGCCAAGAAAAAUGCUGUGAAAGCUGUAGAUGAAGAGGCGUAA